UCGGCAGCUGUCGGAACUAGUCUGGCCUCAGCCUGAGCCUACACAGCACGUGACAGUUUUUUUUUUAUCACCGCGGCAAAACACCAUAACAAAGAGGAGUCGUUGUGAACUGGUGAACUCAUUUCCUAUCGCAUGAAAUCGAACAUCGAAAUGGUGGACAGAAGUGUGUUGAUCGGACUGGUGCGUCAGCGAUCGUCGCUGUGGGACCCGCAGGACCGACAUUACCGGAGCCGCGAAAUGCGGACCCGACUGUGGGACGACGUCGGACAAGAACUCGGCGUCACCGGAGAAAUCGCUCGGAAAAACUGGGAGAUCCUGCGGGACAUAUUCCGAAGAAAGUCCAAGGACAUCGAAACCUUCAAAUCGCGAGUCAUCUCAGAGGGGAAUCCGGCGCUGAGGCCGGUCUCCAGGUGGAUCUACUUCGACGAGAUGAGCUUCUUGGCGGACGUCAUGAGACCGAGACCGCAGAAGAACCCCCAGGCAGAAGAGGGGGGAUCGCCCGACGACUGCGAGCAAGACGACGAUGACGAGGAGGUGGACACGAGACAGCGGGAGAGUGGAGGUCGCAGCGAUCUCCAGUGUCUCACGUGCAGCGGCGGCAAGAAGAAGAGAAGAUUAAGUGCGAAAAAACGCAAGUCUCAAAACUUGAGCAAAAGCAGGGAGGAAGAGGACGACGACAUGAUGUUCUUCAGGAGUCUGCUGCCGUACAUGAAGAAACUGGGGCUGCUGCAGAGGAUGAAGCUGAGGGCGACGAUACUGGACAACGUCGUCGCUGCGAUCGAGACAAGCGAGGAGUCCGGGUCCAAGUCGGCUCUGGUGCCUCUGGCUCGAGAGGCACCCUCCGACGACCAGGACCAGGUCGCCUAGCCGAAAAUCCUGGACGAAGUCGACAAAGAGGUUCGAAGAAGUCAGAGAACGGCAAAGAAUCCCCAGAAUCGGUAAGGAUCGACGAAACUUCCGGCCGAAUCUUAGAGCGCCAGCGGGCCGAUUAUUCAAAUUGAUCGACAUGCUACAGACAAAGAAGACAUAGGGAGUAUGGAGCGAUCUUAUUG